UCGAACAGUCCAAAGUCAUCCGCCGCAACAGCACGUGUCUAAUUACGUCAGCAAGAAUUGGAUAAGAAGAAAAUGGAGGAGUACGCGAGGGAGCCGUGCCCCUGGAGGAUAGUGGAUGACUGUGGUGGGGCUUUCACCAUGGGAGCCAUCGGUGGAGGGAUCUUUCAGGCAGUCAAAGGUUUUCGAAACUCUCCUGCUGGGGUAAAUCACAGACUGAAGGGUAGUUUGACUGCUAUAAGGACCAGGGCUCCACAACUAGGAGGGAGCUUUGCUGUGUGGGGUGGACUCUUCUCCAUGAUCGACUGUGGACUGGUGAAGGUGAGAGGGAAAGAAGACCCCUGGAACUCAAUCACAAGUGGAGCAAUGACAGGAGCCAUUUUAGCAGCAAGAAAUGGGCCAGUGGCUAUGGUUGGCUCGGCAGCAAUGGGAGGUAUACUGCUUGCAUUAAUAGAAGGCGCUGGAAUUCUCCUCACAAGGUUCGCCUCAUCACAAUUCCCAACUGGUCCACAGUUUGCAGAAGAACCUGCUCCAAUGCCUGCUUCUUCGUUUGGGGACUAUAGACAGUACCAAUGAGAAACCUUUAAAAAGGCUUUUUCCUAUUCCAUGAACUCACCUGAGACACUGAAGUUUAAAAUGAGGACCUGUAUGACUCUCAUUUAUCCACACAGCAUGCACGAAUGACUGUGAUGAGAGAAUAAGGAGGGGCAGACUUGUUUCUGUGUUCGUCUGCUGUAUGCCUUGUUAUUUUCAGCCUUGUCAUUGGCCCAUGGGUCACCCUAUUUAAGUCAAAGGAAACCUCUUGUAAAUCAGACCGGUGUUUUGAUCCACUUCUCCCCAUUUUUUUUUUUUGUAUGAUUGACUGUUGUGUAUUUGAUGAUGCUGAUGACACGUGUCAUGUUUGAAAACUAAGUUAUGCAAGGUUGUUUGAGUUGAGCCCAAAUCAAUUGGCUGUAUAAAGUGGAUGUUUGUGUGCGUGUGAAUGCAUUGAUUCCAUUGUGUGCUUGCAGAAGAGUUUAAUACAUGCCUGUGUACUGACUGUUUGCCUUAAUGUUAACAUUCUCAUAGGCUUUACCAAGAUCUUAUAUAUAUAGCUGAGUUUUUAAUUGAUUGCUCUUUGCCAAACCCUUACGCGCAGACUAUAUUUCAUCAAAGUUUACUCUUUGAUAUAACUAUUUAUUUUCUCAGUGUACAACUUCUCGGUUUCAAUGAAUUAUGCUGUAUUGUACUUGAAAUGGUUAUCUACAGUAAAUAUUAAAAACUUUUGUCAGCCAAGAAUACAACAGAAAAGGAUGAAUGGACAGAAUUAAGCAUCUCUUGUGUUGGCUGUAUGAGCCAAUGAAGCUGAGAAACAUCAUAAAUAAAAUAGUUGUUACUA